CUUCCACCAAGUCACCCUCUCAUAAUUAUCAUCGCCAUCACCUGCUACUGCUCUAUUCAUUACUCUUUGCUUCAUCAUAAUCACCCCUUCAUCAUGAACCACUACCCAGAAGUCUGGGGUCGGCCUAGGGAUGAUAUCUACGGGCCGUACAAUUCGUCAUACCUUCAGACCACUGGCCCAAAGACCCACACCCAGUCCCCUGCUGUGACUGGGACGUCGGUAAUAGCAGUCAAAUUCCAUGGCGGUGUUGCGAUCGCUGCCGAUAACCUGGCCUCAUAUGGAUCUCUCGCUCGGUUCACCGAUGUUAAACGCCUGCGCGUGUUCAGCGAAUCUGCCGUGAUCGGCUUCAGCGGCGAUGUAUCAGACAUGCAAUACAUCGAUCGUCUUCUGGAAUCUAUCGACAUCAGAGAAAACUAUUCAACACAUGGUAACAUGCUGAACGCAAAGAAUCUGCAUACAUACCUCUCCAAGGUCCUUUACAAACGUCGCUCCGAAUUCAACCCACUCUGGAACCAUAUUCUCGUCGCAGGGUUUGACGAAGACAAGAAACCCUUCCUCAGCUCCGCCGACCUCCUCGGUACUACCUAUUCAGCACCGCAUCUUGCAACUGGGUUUGGUGCACAUCUUGCUAUUCCAAUCCUUCGUCGUUUAUUCCCAGAGGAGAAGCCCCUCGAAGAGAUCAGUAAGGAAGAGGCAGAAGCUGCUUUGAGAGAGUGCCUUAAAGUCUUGUGGUAUCGAGAUGCGCGAAGCUUGGAUAAGUAUUCGAUUGCAGUGAUCACUAGUGAUGGAGUCGAGGUUAAGGAAGACCAGGCGAUCGAGGCCCAGAGCUGGGCCUUUGCUGAAUCCAUCAGGGGGUAUGGAGCGCAGGUCAAUUAGAUUUCUCUUUGAGCGUACUGCAAGGACUUUUCUAGCAAGGAUCUAGCAAAUACAUGAAUUGAUAAAUUUCAACCCGGCGCACAGAACUUUUAGUAACUGGGCUUCCAUGACAGACCUGCAUUCAUCGUCUCGAAGAAUAUCCAUGUACUGAGAUUUAUCUAACUUUUAUGACCUCUUCAUAGUUUAGAGUCUGGCUUGUCAAAGACAACUCGAUCAACGCAUGAUCCCACCCUUCCAGACUAACCUCAACUCGAUCGCUAUCUUUGUACUAUAAUGGGGUCUCCGGCCCAUCCCCACUCCUUGUGGCCUAUAAGGAGACAU